UGCCGACCAAAUCGCACCGUGUUUACAACCCAGGCCUCACCCUGCGGCUAGGUAGCUAAAGCCUGCUUACCACACAAUUAGCAUCUGAACGAACUAAUCUUGGAGCCAAUCAGGAUACAAUAACGUCGUUAUGUCACGCCACACAGCGACGAUUUUUCAGUGUGUUUAUUUAGACCGGUUUGUCGAGGGCCUAACACUGCUUAAUGGCUAUUAAACGAGUUAAAUCAAUGUUUCCCCACUCCAAUGAGGAGGAGACAAAGGGAGACGAGACGAGAGACCUCCAUCCUUCUCGGUGGGUGGGAGGUUUCGAGAUGCGCAUCUCCCUCCCUCUCUUUCUCUUUAGGUCUCCCCUCCCUUUCUCGCUCGCUCCCUCCCUCCCUCCAUCUCUGCUCGCUCGUCUAGUCUGAGCCGGCCUAGCGUCCAAACGCCAAAGCCCGGAACGUCGCAGCCCGAACGGGAAACAUCUGGGCGCGAGCCGGCCGGGGCCCCAAGUCGGCCGGCCAAUGUUGCGCUAAAGUAGCCGCCGUUUGCGCACUUGCUGCCGGCUUGGCUUUGUGCUGAGGAAGGAGAGGGGGGGAUGUAGAGAGAAGGUGGGACCCGAAGCCGCGUCUGCUGUGUGCCCGUCCGCCGAGCGGCCUCCCUCCCUUCGCACAAGAUGUCGACCCGGACGCCAUUGCCCACGGUCAACGAACGUGACACCGAGAACCACUCGUCGGCGGACGGCUUCGCGGAGCCCCCGGCUCCCCCAACAAAGUCGGCGAGUCGCCACAGCCUGCCACGAUGUCGCAACUCCUUCACCUCCACGGAGGAGCACCCUCACAUCGGGAACUACCGCCUCCUCAAAACCAUCGGGAAGGGAAAUUUCGCCAAGGUCAAGCUGGCGCGACACGUCCUGACCGGACGAGAGGUGGCGGUGAAGAUUAUAGAUAAAACCCAGCUGAAUCCAACCAGUCUACAAAAGCUCUUCAGGGAAGUGCGAAUAAUGAAGUUACUCAAUCAUCCAAAUAUUGUAAAACUAUUUGAGGUGAUUGAAACGGAGAAGACACUCUACUUGGUGAUGGAGUACGCCAGUGGUGGUGAGGUCUUCGACUAUUUGGUGGCCCACGGUCGCAUGAAGGAGAAGGAGGCAAGGGCCAAGUUUAGGCAGAUUGUGUCUGCCGUGCAGUAUUGCCAUCAGAGGAGGAUAGUUCACAGAGACCUGAAGGCUGAGAACCUGCUAUUGGAUGCAGACAUGAACAUCAAGAUAGCGGACUUCGGCUUCAGCAACGAGUUCACGGUGGGCAGCAAGCUGGACACCUUCUGCGGCUCUCCGCCAUACGCCGCCCCGGAACUCUUCCAGGGAAAGAAGUACGACGGACCCGAAGUGGAUGUGUGGAGCCUCGGGGUCAUCCUCUACACCUUGGUCAGCGGCUCCCUGCCCUUCGACGGGCAAAACCUCAAGGAGCUGCGAGAGCGCGUCCUACGUGGAAAGUAUCGCAUCCCCUUCUACAUGUCCACAGACUGUGAAAACCUACUGAAGAAACUACUGGUGCUCAACCCGGUCAAACGUGGCAGUUUGGAGCAAAUCAUGAAAGACCACUGGAUGAACGUGGGUCACGAAGAGGAGGAGCUGAAGCCGUACACGGAGCCCGAGGCCGACUUCGGCGACGCUACGAGAAUAGAGCUCAUGGUGACAAUGGGCUUCCCUAAAGAUGAGAUCACAGAGUCCUUACAAAGCCAGAAGUACGAUGAUGUCAUGGCCACUUAUCUGCUGCUGGGAAGAAAAGCACCAGAGUUUGAAGGGAGCGAACCCUUAACCAACAGCGUUCUGGCUCAGCGGCAGCGACCCACCAGCGACAUCAACAACGGCUCCAGUAUUUCCCCCGCUCAUCCCAAAGUGACGCGCAGCAUCUCGGCCAAUCAAAAGCAGCGUCGCUAUAGCGAUCACGUGGGCCCAUCGGUGCCGCCGGCAGUGUCGUACACACGGCGCGGCCAGGCUUUGAGCGUGGAGAGCGACCACAGAGAGGAAUGGGACGGAGCGCGCCGGUUGGAGCUAAGCACUUCCAAGGGAGACGUUCCCGCCUCGCCACUAGGAGUGCAGGAGAGGAAGAAAACAACAAGUAGUGUUGGGACCAACGGAUCAAUGACUCGCCGGAACACAUACGUGUGCGAGCGCUCCUCCGCCGAGCGGUACUCGGCCAUUCCCAACGGCAAAGACGGCAGUUUAACCGAGGUGUCGGGCAGUACCCCGUCCACGGCGGUGACCUCCACGCGGCCUCGUCACAUCAAGUCCAUGUCGUCUUCGGGACACCCCUCAAAGAGCACGCUGCCCCCCAUUGAUGACAACGCUGAACUAAAAUCCAGCUCAUCUCCGAGGGGUCCCUCCACCUCCCCGUCGGCGCACAGUAUUAGCACCCCCGAGAAGAACCGCUUCCCCCGGGGCACCAGCAGCCGCAGCACCUUUCACGGCGCACAGCUGCGCGACCGCCGCAGCGCCACUUACAACGGGCCGCCCGCCUCUCCCACGCUGUCCCACGACACGGGCGCCCUGGCGCAGCAGCGACGGGGCACCUCCACCGGCAUCAUCGGCAAAAUCACCUCCAAGUUUGUCCGCAGAGCUCUGUCUUUCAGGUCCACUCAGAGGGUGCCCAGUGAGGGAGAGGCCAGUGCCAGGACAGAAACACCCAGGAGCGCGUCAGGUGAUCCCAAGGAGGAAGCGGGUCGAGACUCCAAACCUCGCUCUCUGCGCUUCACCUGGAGCAUGAAGACCACCUCCUCCAUGGAGCCGUCGGAGAUGAUGCGCGAGAUUCGCAAGGUUCUGGACGCCAACAGCUGCGACUACGAGCAGCGUGAGCGCUUCCUCCUCUUCUGCGUGCAUGGCGACGCGCGCCAGGACAACCUGGUCCAGUGGGAGAUGGAGGUGUGCAAGCUGCCUCGCCUCUCCCUCAACGGCGUGCGCUUCAAGAGGAUAUCAGGCACGUCCAUCGCCUUUAAGAACAUCGCCUGCAAAAUUGCCAACGAGCUCAAACUGUGACGCCAACCGAGCUGCGCCGCGCCUCAUCUCGUCACUGGAUUCACCACGGCAAUACUGGCCAUGAAUGUAUCGACGCAGACGUCUUUUCCUUUCAAACUCUCCGUCCGGUAUGCAGCUGAACACCCUGCAAUAAUUUUUUUUUGUGGUGGGGGGGAGGUUUCUUUUCUAAACGACUACUAGCAGAUCUUACGCCGAAUAACUCAAACUAGCCGCUUUUCCCAUGCACCUGUGUUCCGUGCGUAUAGAGAGCAGGCUGGAGCGCAUACUAAAAACUGUUUAAAAAAAAAAAAAAAAAAUUGUACUGUAUGCAUAACAUCUGCAGGUACUGUAUAUUGAUUUUUCUGUUGUGUACAGAUUUUCUUUCAUGGGAGUUUUUUUUUUUCUUUCUCGGUGAUGUCUCUUAGAGCAUGAUCAUCUACCACGGAGUACAGUAUUAAGAGAAAAAGGUCCACGAGAAUGAAGUCCUAAUAAUAUGAGUCUGUCAUAUUUUAAGUCCUAUUAAUAGAAUGUUUAGGUUUUUGGUUUGACGAGAUUUAAGCCAUAAUAUUAUGAAACAUAUAACGAGAUUUAAAUCAUACUAUGAGAAUAAAGUCAUCCUCCAAGAAAGGGGAUUGCUGUUCUUAUUCUCUUAAUAUAUUGACGUGAAUCCCUAUUAUAUACGCAUACACUACGAGAUGUAAGUUGUAGUAUUACAUUUAAUUCAUAAUAUUAUAAGAUUGAAGUCAUACGUCCUAAUAUGACGAGUCAUAGUAUGACGAGAACAGUCAUUACGAAAAUGGAGUCAUAUUACGAAAAUACUACAUGAAAGGUGUUUGUCGUAUUCCGUCUUUAUCAGUAGUAGUCUUGUAAUAUAACAACUCGUAAAUAUUACGACAUGUGACUUGAAUCUCCUAACAAUACGACUAUUCUUGUGGGCCUUUUUUUUCUCGUCUACUCCGUCGUAAUGUUUUUUUUUUAAGCCACCAUUUUGAGAAUAGCCUUUUGGAUUUUUAUUUAAAGAGCACUAAAUUAUUUUGCGGAAUAUGAAAGGGAGUUGUUCCCUAGACUUUUGCGUUUAAUUUCAUUUGCCUACGAAGGAAAUGAGGAAGAAAAAAAAAGUUGCACCACAUAGUAGUAAAACUGAAAAUGUGUUCACUUUAUUUUCUCUGGGCAGCAGCAGUUGUUGCUCUUUGCACAAGCUUUCUCAGUAUGACACAUGAUGCACCUGUUGUUUCUCCCUCCUUUUCACAAUAAGAUUUGCUCGUCCUCAGUUCAAAGUUCACCGAGAAGCAUGAGAAGUCAAAGAAGCAAACGUUGGUCCCGACAUCUCUGCCGGUGUGAUACUCGCCUUCCGGCGUUUAGUUUUUUGUUGUUGUUGUUGUUCAUCAAGCAAAUGUUAUUGUAUUUAUUCCAUUACAUUGUAAUGUGCUGCUUUGUAGAAAUCAGGUGUGCACUUUGUCGGAGAAAAUAAAAAGGAUUUUAUUUGUUUGUA